AGUUUUGGAGCCAGAGAUUGCUCGGGUCACUCGGAACAUUCGGGUCAGUCGAGUUGUUCCGAAGACGGAGAGGAUGUUACGUCACAAGGUUUCCGCAACGCGUUGGUUUUUCCCUGGGAAGAUGGCGACGGUCACAACAGCCACCUCAGAAUGGAUCCAGUUCUUCAGAGAUGCUGGGAUCCCUCCUGGACUGGCUGUCAACUACGCAGUGUCUUUUGUUGAUAACAGGAUUCAGAAAAGCAUGCUUAUGGACCUCAGUAAGGAAAUAAUGAUGGACUUGGGAAUUACAGUCAUCGGGGACAUCAUAGCCAUUCUCAAACAUGCAAAGCAUGUGUAUAGACAGGAUAUGUGUAAAACGACAACCGAGGCCAUUUCGUCUGGACAGACUAGUGUACAGGCUGAACUGAGACGUACUGCUAACACUCCUGCCACCCGCAUGAUUGCCAAUGCUCUGAGCCGGGACUCCCCACCAAGCACGCCUGCUCGGCGCCCUGACAACCGAAUUUCAGUAACCGUCUCCAACGCCAGUGCCAAAACAGUGCCCAGCAAGCCAGCAGAAGAAAAUGGGUUGAAAGUGAAGCGCCGGCGAGUCACAAGAGAAAUGGAGGGGAAAUAUAUCAUAAACAUGCCAAAAGGCACAACAGCUCGCACUCGACACCUCCUAGCACAGCAGGCAAAGAAAGCUAAGGUUUUAAAGCGUACUUCAGUGUUUGAUAGACUUGGAGCAGAGUCUAAGGCAGACACCACCUCAGCCAAUAAGCACCCAACAGGUGUGUUUAGCCGGCUGGGUGAAGCAGAGGAAGAUGAAAAGGGUGGAGGAAAGACCGAUGGUGUUGCAGAGGCUUUAGAGGACAAUGACAGCGACGGUGAGGGCUCAGUGCUACAAUAUGCCGGCGUUCUUAAACGACCCCCACCCACUUCUAAAAAAGAGACUGUAACUGCCAAAUCUAAACCCCUCACUCUGCGUAGACUAGGUGCAAAGUACAAACUCCCCUUAUCUGAAGGUACACCACCUAUCUCCUCCUCUACCUCCUCCUCCAGCCAGGAGGGGACCCCCAAACUGGGUGUACUCCAGAGACUGGGCAAGGCCCCAUCAGUCAACCCUACCUCUUCGACCCCUCUAGUCAGUCAGCCUGCAGACACCCAGGACAGUCGUGUUACGAGUAGCAGAAGCAAAGCCCAGGGCAGCUUUGCUCUGGCCAGCCAUAAGGUCAGUAGUAGCACAGGCGACACUCACGGGGCUCAGAUGGACGCUGGGGCAGUCAGUGUAUUCAAGAGACUGGGAGCCCGGAAAACCUAAUACCCAAAAAAACUUAAAGACAUCACUUUUUAUCCAGUUUGCCCCUUUUAUAAAUUAAAACCCACCUGAAUUUCCAUUUGAGUGAGUGGAGAAACUCUAGGACCACACUUGAUGGAUUGGGAAGUUGAUAUGCUGUUACCUCAUGGAGUGUUCUGAAUUGAUGAUACAAGGGGAAAAAAAGGGACAGAUGCAAUAUCUGUUAAAUGUCAGUGUGGACAUAACUGGUCUCGUUUUGUUUGGUUAUAGGAAUCAUGCUCUAUCCCCCAUCCUACUUUUAUAUCUGCUCUCCUGUGCCCCUGUGAGUAAAACAUUUUUUCCAGAUUAAAGUGGGGUUUGUAAUAAAGAUUUUAUAAUGCAUGGCGCCCAGCAACAAAUGCAUGAAAUGUCAAGGUUGUUUUUUUUCCCACUACGGUAGCCAAGAGACUUGAGUAAAAGCAUGUGCUGUGUUUACCACAAACACCUAAGCUUA